UCGCGGCCUAUAAAUAAAGUGCCGCUCUCUGGAGGACUUGCUGUCCUCUGACGUGCAGACACACUCUCCAGGGCUCUGAGUGAAAAUUAUUCUUCCCCGCACAGAGAAGAUGGCGCUGAAGACAUUAUUGGUCAUGACUGUUCUUGGAAUGAGCAUCUGGUCCUGUGCAGGUUUCCCGGUGUAUGACUACGACCUGGCCUCCCUGCGGCAAGCCCUGGACGCCUCGGUGGCAGAAGUGAACGCUCGGUCCCUGAGCCCGUAUCUGUUCCGGGCAUUCAGAAGUUCCAUAAAAAGAGUCAAUGUUCUGGGUGAGAAUAACUCGAGCUUGGAUAUACAAUUCAGCGUUCGAGAGACCACAUGCAGGAAGGAUUCUGGCGCAGACCCUGCCACCUGUGACUUCCAACCUGGCUACUAUGUGCCAGCAGCCUCUUGCAGAAGCACCGUGUGGAUGUCUGCUGAGCAGGUGCAGGACGUGUGGGUUUUUUGCAGCUGGUCCUCCAGCUCCGAGUCGGACAGCAGUGAAGAGAAGAUUUUCAGGGGUAUAUUAGGAUCCUCUAAAUGGAGAAACAGUUAUCUACUUGAUCUCGUUUCUGACACACCCAGACGUGAACAGUUUUAUGAACGGUCGCACGGUUAUUGGCUGCUUAUAUAGAAGAAAUGAGAAUUAACUCAAGGUGUUAAUUUUAUGCACAAAUACUCUGUACUAAUUGCUAGACAGGAUUUCCUCCUUCAACCCUCACACCCAUCCUGUAAGGCGACACCAUGUUCCUUCCCAUUUUACAGAUGAGCAAACUGAUUUUCUGUAACUUGCCCAAGGCUACCCUCCUGGAUGCAUGACCUAAGUUAUGGGACCCAGCUAUGCAAUAAUGUGUAACUGGGAAGAUCUGGACUAAUGCUCAUCUGACUGACUGGAGCUGAAUUGGGUAAUCCUCCAGCUAUGUGACUAGGACUGACCAAAAAUUAGUGUGUGGCAGGGCAGAGACAGGACUUUGAUACCCAUCUGUCACUCUAAAGCCUGUUUGUUUGUUUUUUCAUGCUAUUUUCCAAAGGAACUGUGAAAUUUACUCUAUGUCCAGAGUUUUCCAUCACAAUGAAUAAAACAGAUAUAAAUAUUUCAUUGAGUUCAAUGUCUGAUCCUCAUUAGGCAUGCUCACAAUUUGAGGCUUGAUUUAAG